CUUUUUUUCUCCAACCAAGCGCUUGUUGAUAACGUAGUCAGCUGACCGAGGCGGAUGGUGUUGUGACGUGGUGGCGGAAGCGAUGUUGCGGCAGAUCAUUAUGUUUUAAAACUUCCAAAGAACUGGACCAGAGGAGUAGCAUAGUGUGUCUGUAGUAGCCAAAAUUAGCAGGACUCUUGUGGAACCUCAAAAGACUCUCCAUCCCCUCAGUGGACUAGAACUCAGUGGACUAGAACUUAGCUUGUCCGAGGACAGUAAUGAUGAUACAGAAGAUGUGUCACUCUUUGAUGCUGAUGAUGAAAUGUCCAGGAGGCCCAAGAAAUCAAAAAUAAAACAUCCAAUAGCCUCCUUUUUCCAUUUGUUCUUCCGGAUCAGUGCAGUGAUUGUCUAUUUAUUCUGUGAAUUGUUCAGCACCAGCUACAUUGCCUGUGUGGUGACGAUCAUACUGCUUCUGUCAUGUGACUUCUGGGCAGUGAAGAAUAUCACAGGGAGGUUGAUGGUUGGCCUCCGUUGGUGGAACCAGGUUGAUGAUGAUGGCAAGAGCCAUUGGGUGUUUGAAGCCAGGAGGGCCUCUUCUUCAGGGAGGAAAGUCACAUCAGAAGCAGAGUCCAGAAUCUUCUGGUUAGGUCUGAUCACAUGUCCUUUGGUCUGGGUCAUCUUUGCUUUCAGCGCCCUGUUUUCCUUCAAAGUGAAGUGGCUGGCAGUGGUGAUCCUAGGUGUGAUUUUACAAGGAGCUAAUCUUUAUGGCUAUAUCCGGUGCAAAGUGGGCAGCAGGAAGAAUCUGACCAGCCUGGCGACUUCCUAUCUAGGGAAGCAGUUCUUGAAGCAGACUGUGGCUAAAGAAGAGCAGGCUGUAUCCUGAAGAUCAUGAAGAGUCCUCCAUUUUUGUUUUGGUUUCUUCUGAAGAAUGAGAAAUAUUUCCUAGACCCUCUGAACCAGAGAUUUAUAAGCUGUAUGUGGAAUUUUGUAAUUAAAUAACCUUAUAGAAACUCAGCUUGCUACUUGUUUUUUGCAAGUCUUAAUUUAGAAGCCCUUCCUGUUACCUGACUAAGUGUUGGACUCUUUGGACCAGAUGACUCUAGUUAGGCCAGUGAAAUCCCAAAAUACUAGCUAUUCAUGCUGCAACAGAAGGGAAGUUAUGUACAAAGAGACUGGUCCCUUUGGUGUUGCUGUGGCAGUCUGUUGCAAAGUUGCAGUGUUAUGACUGGGAUGGGAUGGAAAAGAGAAUUGGAAGAACUUCAACUAAAGGGCUAGAAAUCAAAAGACACCAUGGGAAAGCUUCCAGGUGUACAUUUGAAAUAAAAGGACCCAGAUAUUUUUUAAGUUGCUCAAUGGACUCUGUGUAAAGACUUUUGCUCCCCUUCUUGCAGAAUAUGCUAUUUUGUACUGUGGUCCUCCCCCCCCCAUUUUCUAACUAUGACAUGAUUCCAGCCCUUUCCCCUUCAAACACCCCCCUCCACCCCCCAGGAAAGCUGAAUUGUAAUGAUAUGGCUUAAUAGUCUACCUGGAUUAUAUCAGGUUUGCAUUUUUAAUUUUUCUCUGAAGGGCUAGCAGAACAAAUAAGCAAAGGACUAUAUCUGCACCUUAAUUAAGUUGUUUAGACACUUGUUGGGAGCACUGGGAACCUCAAUGUGUUGAGCCAUACAGUGAGGCAGCCAUUUUCCUGGGCUAUCAGUGAAGUAGCUACUGUGUUUGUCAUGUACUUUUCUGCAGAAGGUGACAAACAGUAAUGAAGACUAAUGAAUAUUCAUCUCUUGUUGAAAUGUGCUUGAUGCUGGAGAGCUGACAAGUGCUGUGAUCAACCAUUUGGAAUAGUGUACCUGCAUUCAUGACUGGUAGUAUCUCUUCUAUCUCUGUCAUAGAUACACAAUAACGUUAAUGUGCUGUUCACACAUUGGCACAGCACAUAAUGUCUACAAACAGUGGAGCUCAGGAAUGAGUCUAGUUCUUGUCCAUGUGUACAUGCAAAUGUACUGAAUCACUCUCAGGGUUCAAUCCAGCCAGCUUUUCUAGGGGAAAAAGGAAGGAGGCAUCCCCUUUGAUUACCCAAAAAGGCAAAGCUGAGAACCAUGGAACCUGCAUGCACAGAAGUCCUGUGGGAUGAAUGCUGGGGUAUGGAUAGGAAUUGGAUGCUGGCUGGAUCCAACCCAUGGAGUGUUUUCUUUGAACACAUUCUUUGUUGGACAUACACUCUAACCUCUGUUUUGCCUGUGGGAUCCUCCACCCCUCUUUGCUUGGAUGGGCUGCAUGGGUGGGGUGCAGUUGGAUCCACAUUUACCUGUGUAGGUGUUGGUUUGUGCAGGACUUCAUUCAUAUAGAGGUGUAUGUGUGCCCAAAACACAUUUUAAUGCCAUACCGUGCUUCGUAUAAGCAAACUGGGGGUCUAUCAGAACUGGCCCUAAGAUGCUACAGUACUGUACACACUUUUUUUGGGGAAAAAAGUUAGUUAAGUUUUAAACUUCAGAGGCUAAUUAUUAGAAUUUUCAGUCUGAGAGAGCUAUGUGAAAAAGCAAGUGCAUCAUGAUUUAUUCUUGUCUAUGUUCAGCCCAGAUUUGGAUUCCAGCAUGCCAUCCUCAAAAAGCAACAUUAUCCUCCCCCCCCCUUUUUUUUUCCUGCUGCCACAGAUUGAGACGUGUUCCUUGGUGUCCUGGUCCUUAGCUUAUCUGCGCUAGGGUUGGCAGGGCUGCUUUCAUACUUAGUGUUAAAUUGAUGUUAAUGUUUGGAGGAUGCAGUCCUGUUAUCAAACUCGCAGUUUGUGAAUGAGCAACUGACAUGUUUAAAUGAAGUUUAGGAGAAGUAAGUUUAAUGACCAUAAAGAAAUGGUAGUAAAGAGGCUCUUGCUGUAAAGUGAAUGAAAUGUUGUCAAACGGUGGCUGAACUUCUCAUGUAGAGAUUGCCGGUCAUUUACAGUUGUAUUUAGAUGCCUGCAUAAUGGAAAGAUGUAGUUUUCAUUUUGGAGGAUACUGAAGCAUUGUGUUCAAGCUGUAAAAAUCUCUGAUCUGCAUUGUGCACGUUUGUGAAAUCUCACACAUUAACAUGUUUUUCAGAUAAAUAUAUUUUUAAAAGUUG